CAAGCACCUGUGAUCGACAAUUGUCCUUCGAAUGUAAGGACCAACAACGCUAUGGUAACCUGGACACCAGAUCCAACAGCUUCUGACGAUGAUGGGACAACUCCUGAAGUAAUGUGUAUUCCAGCCGCUGGCAGUUCAUUUCCAGUCGAUGAGACAACAAAUGUUGUUUGUAACGCGAGUGAUGCUGCUGGAAAUGAGGCCAUCUGCACUUUUAAUGUAACUGUAGACCAACAAGCACCUGUGAUCGACAAUUGUCCUUCGAAUGUAAGGACCAACAACGCUAUGGUAACCUGGACACCAGAUCCAACAGCUACUGACGAUGAUGGGACAACUCCUGAAGUAACCUGCAUUCCAGCCGCUGGCAGUUCAUUUCCAGUCGAUGAGACAACAAAUGUUGUUUGUAACGCGAGUGAUGCUGCUGGAAAUGAGGCCAUCUGCACUUUCAAUGUAACUGUAGAUCAACAAGCACCUGUGAUCGACAAUUGUCCUUCGAAUGUAAGGACCAACAACGCUAUGGUAACCUGGACACCAGAUCCAACAGCUACUGACGAUGAUGGGACAACUCCUGAAGUAAUCUGUAUUCCAGCCGCUGGCAGUUCAUUUCCAGUCGAUGAGACAACAAAUGUUGUUUGUAACGCGAUUGAUGCUGCUGGAAAUGAGGCCAUCUGCACUUUUAAUGUAACUGUAGAUCAACAAGCACCUGUGAUCGACAAUUGUCCUUCGAAUGUAAGGACCAACAACGCUAUGGUAACCUGGACACCAGAUCCUACAGCUACUGACGAUGAUGGUACCACUCCAGAAGUAAUCUGCUUUCCAGCCGCUGGUAGUUCAUUUCCAGUCGAUGAGACAACAAAUGUUGAAUGUAACGCGAGUGAUGCUGCUGGAAAUGAGGCCAUCUGCACUUUUAAUGUAACUGUAGAUCAACAAGCACCUGUGAUCGACAAUUGUCCUUCGAAUGUAAGGACCAACAACGCUAUGGUAACCUGGACACCAGAUCCUACAGCUACUGACGAUGAUGGUACCACUCCAGAAGUAAUCUGCUUUCCAGCCGCUGGUAGUUCAUUUCCAGUCGAUGAGACAACAAAUGUUGUUUGUAACGCGAGUGAUGCUGCUGGAAAUGAGGCCAUCUGCACUUUUAAUGUAAAUGUAGACCAACAAUGCUAUGGUAACCUGGACACCAGAUCCAACAGCUACUGA